UGGGGUCGGGUUGGGAGCCUGGAGGUUUUGGGGUCGGUGCACUCGGAGCUGUCGGAGUGUGAGAGCGGGACCGGAACCAGGUGGCACUAUGUCUUUCUGCAGCUUCUCCGGGGGCGAGGUUUUCCAGAAUCACUUUGAACCCGGUGUCUACGUGUGUGCCAAGUGUGGCUACGAGCUGUUCUCCAGCCGCUCCAAGUACGAGCACUCGUCGCCAUGGCCAGCCUUCACGGAGACCAUCCAUGAUGAUAGCGUGGCCAAGCGGCCAGAGCGCAAUCAGCCUGAUGCCUUUAAGGUGUCCUGCGGUAAAUGCGGCCACGGGCUUGGCCAUGAGUUCCUCAAUGAUGGCCCCAAGCGGGGGCAGUCUCGCUUCUGAAUAUUCAGCAGCUCCCUGAAGUUCAUCCCUAAAGGCAACAAAUCUGCCUCCCAGGGGAAGUAAGCAGGCAGCCCAACCCCAAGCAGCCACAGGCAUUGGUCACCCCCCUUUAGAACUACAGC